AUUUAGCUCUUAGUGCUUGCUUAUCCCUAUCAUCACUCAUAUUACUAGAUCUGAAAUGUGAUUCUACGGUACGUAUUUUGAUAAUUUGCGAAUUGACUAACACAAACGAAAAUUUGAAUCGAUACACUCGACCUAGUCUUACCAACCUCACGCGGUGGCGUAGUCCGUAGUCGAUUUUUGGAAGUCGCGUCGUCAAGUCGAGAGUUUUCGCGAGCGCUUGCUGCUAAGCAUUUGUUUUUAGGUGCGUGCGUGCGUGUGUCCGUUCGGUAUGAGUCCAAAAAUACUCAUCAUUGGCGCCGGUGCGUCCGGAAUCGCGGCUGCUACGCGUCUGUAUGAUAGUGGGUUCCGGAACUUGAUCAUACUGGAAGCUGAGAAUCGGUUAGGUGGUAGGAUACAUACUGUACCUUAUGGAGAAAACGUGCUGGACUAUGGUGCCCAAUGGGUUCACUCAAGCGUGGACAACGUUGUGUAUGAUAUGGCGGCAAAAUAUGAUCUGGUGGAAGUAGAAAGGCAUCGCGAAGAUGAACUCUGCAUCAAAUCAAACGGGGAGGAAGUCCCGAUUGAAGUGUCCAAUCGAGUCAUGGAUGUGCUGGAGCAUUCGAUUGAUGACGAAGAAAACGUGAAGCAGUACAAGAAAUCUUUGGGAGACUAUUACACGGAGAGUUUCCAGAAAGCUUUACGGGAUGGACAGUUUGCUGAUAUCGAUUACGAAACGUGUUAUCAAAUCUUCCAAUUCUUUUUGAAAUACCACCACACAUACAACGCCGUAGAUAGCGUGUUUGAGAUGUCUGCUGCAGGGCUGUUGGAGUUCACUGACCAUCAAGAUGAAUACCUUAUAAAUUGGCGAACGCGAGGAUUCAAGACUAUUCUCGAUUUAUUGAUGAAACGCCUUCCACAGCAAAAUGCGGUCCCGAUACCAAUUGAGGAUUACGUAUUUUUCAACAAACGUGUAGUUAACAUCAGUUAUUCUUCCGAUGUUAAACAAUCUGUUCGUGUGACUUGCAGAGAUGGAAGUUGUUACAUUGUUGAUCACGUGAUAGUUACAGUCUCCCUUGGAGUCCUGAAAGAGAUGCAUCAAACGUUAUUCACUCCGAGCUUACCCCAACUGAAGCGGAAUGCCAUCGAAGGACUGUACAUCGGUGUCGUAGAUAAGAUGGUGUUACAGUUCGAUAAACCAUUUUGGCCCGAAGGAUGGCGUGGAUUUGCUAUGCUGUGGAAUGAGCAAGACCUGAGUGAGCUUCGUAAAUCGGACAAGAGCUGGCUAGAAGGCGUUGCGAGUUUUUUCGUUCCCGAAUAUCAACCCAAUCUGCUGGUCGGAUGGGUCCACGGAAAGGACGCCAGAACCAUGGAGAACCUUCCAGAGAGUAAAGUAGUCGAAGCAUUGUUGUUUGUGCUUAGAAAGUUUUUGGUGAGAUUCGACAUCCCACAACCGAAGUCAUUCACCCGUAGUACCUGGUAUUCGAACGAGAAUUUCCGUGGGUCAUAUUCAAGCAGAUCUAUGAAAUCGGAUGCCUUGAAUGCUAAAGCAAGUGAUUUGGCACAACCUUUGGUGAAUUCGCAACAUCUGCCGGUGGUACAGUUUGCGGGUGAAGCUACGCAUCCUGAGUACUUUUCAACGGUGCAAGGUGCCGUGGAAAGUGGUUGGAGAGAAGCUGAUAGGUUGAUCGAAGUUUACAAAGAUAAACCAAGGACAGUCAGCAAGUUGUGAAGCAGUUAAUAUUGAAAAUAACAAA